UUCACCUCUGGCCGUUCCUUGCUCUGGAGCUGGAUGAACUGUGUCUCUUUUUUUGAGAGGACCCUUUCUGGAUUUCCCUCCCCUCCGCAGGAGACUUUUGACUACAUCGGCAGUUCCCGCAUGGUGUACGAUAUGCAGAACGGCCGCUUUCCCAUCCAGCUGGAGAACAUCGAUUCCUUCCUGGAGCUGAGCCAGGUUGCGCUCCGGACUAAUGCCUCCCUGUGGAUGCACACAGAUCCCAUCUCGCGAAAGACCCCCGAGAUUGAGGUAAGGGC